CUAGACACGUCUUUUGGUUCAGAUUUGGGAUUUCGUACGGUUCUUUUCCUUCGGCCCCGGCUAUUCUGCUCCGGUUGGCAGUGCAGAUCUUCCAAACGGAACUACUUCUGCCGUAGCAGUGAACCAAGGAUCCCGGACAAGGCACUCCUUCCUUUCGGAACCCCCCAAACAACCCCCACACACCCACAAAGCCUUGUUCGGAAAACGGCUCUGCUUCCACCGGACACGGCACGGCACAUGCCACCCGGCGAGAAGGCCCGGGGGCCUCCCCCGCGAAAGGAUCCUUGCGGCUUUCCCCUUCGGUCCUCCGGGAGGGCCCGGUGGCUCCCGCUCCUGGUGGCGGGUUCGGCCGCCCUGCGUGCAAGAGCCCUCGGCGGUGUUCAAGGGCCGGCCGGUUUGGCUGCGCCUUCGUUUGCUGGUUUCGCUGGCAAACCCUGCGUCAAACCCACAACAAAAACCACCGGCACUUUCCUCCAAACCACCAGCAUCCGCAACAGCCACAGCCACAGCCACAGCCACAGCCACAGCCACAGCCACAGCCACAGCCACAGCCACAGCCACAGCCACAGCCACAGCCUUCGCCUCGGAAAGGACUGCCGUGCCAGCCGGGGGUUGUUCGUGUCCAUCGGUGGCGAUGCUGGCAGUGACGGCAAUAACAAUAGCAAUGGCAGCAGCGAUAACAAUAGCAAUGGCAGCAGCAGCAAUAACAAUAGCAACAGCAACAGCAGCAGCAGCAGCAGCAAUAGAAUCGUUGGGGGCUUUUCCGGGGCCCGUGCCCUCGGCCUGCGGUCCGCCACCGCGGCCCUUUCGAGGCUCCGUGAGAAGCUCCCGGGGACCAGGGGCACCGGUGGCCGGACCCCCAAAGGGGCUCCGCAAAAGGAUCCCCCCGGGGGCGUCCGCUCCCUCCACGGGCUCUCCCCCGGCAAGGCAACAAUGGCGAUCGCCUCCUGCCUGCUGGUGGGGGCGGUGGCCUACCGGUCGGAACGGCUCUUCCGGGAGGCCUCCUGGUCGGUCCUCGACGCCCUCUACUUCUCCUGCGUCUGCCUCAGYACCGUCGGGUACGGGGACCUCUGCCCGUCGACCCCCGGGGGGAGGMUCUUUGCGGCCCUCUUUGGCCUCUCCGGGGUCCUCCUGUGGUCCUCGGCGAUCGCAGCGAUCGGGACCAGGCUGGUACAGCUGGAAACCGAGGCCGCGGAAAGGGUCUUUCGGACCCAGCAAACGAAGGAAACCAUGGCCUUUUACGAGGCCAACCUGCCCGGACACCUGCGAGGCAAGGCCGAGCGGGAGCAGCAGCAGCAGCAGCAACAACAAAACAGACAGCAGCAGCAGCAGCAGCAGCAGCAGCUGCCGACCAGCGGAAACCCGCGGCUCCCUGCCGGCAGCGGUCCUCCCCCGCGCUCGCACCCCACGGCGUCGUCCGCUGCUGCCGCCUCCGCCGCGAGCCCUCCCGCCGGGAAGAAGGCGAGAAAGGGACUCGGCCGGUGCCUCCCCCUGCUCGGGUCCCUGGCACGGCCGCUGCUGGUGAUUCUCUCCGGCGGCCUGCUCCUCGGCAGGAUCGAGGGCUGGAGCCCCACCGACUCGGUCUACUUCUCCCUCGUGACGGCCACCACCAUCGGYUUYGGAGACUUCAGCCCCAAGACCCGGGCCGGCCGGGCCCUCUCCCUGGCCCUGGUCCCGGCCCUCCUGGCCGCGGCCGGGGAUCUCUUUGCGGCGAUCGGCACCGCUUCGAUCCGGGCCCGGACCCAGCGGCUCUUCCGGACGGGGGCCGACCGGGCCGCCUGGCUCACCGAGGGCCGGGCGAAAGCCAUGGACGAGAACGGGGACGGGAGGGUCUCCAGGGCCGAGUACGUCCUCUACGUCCUGGGGGAGCUCGGCCUCGUCGGGGAGGACGAGGUCGCCGAGCUCGGGGACCAGUUCGACCGAUUCGACGUUUCCGGGUCGGGCUACCUCGAGCGGGAGGACCUGGACGCGAUGCGGAGGCUCCGGGCGGAGGGGGACGGAAGCCGACCGACCCACCACGUCCGGUAGCGCAACCGUUGGGGGACCGCCGGAGAACGAGUGACGCAACGCAACGCAACGCAGCGAAUGCCAUUCGCACUAACAAUACAAUACAAUACAAUAC